CGCCCGUUCUAUAAUUGCCUUCUAAUACCUUCGCUCUGUCCUUUUCAUUCCACGGUAGCCUCGUCACUCGUUCUGGGUCUAUCUAGUCUAACUCUCGUUCACCGACCCCGCCCUAGUUCGUUACGAAUUUACCAUGAAAGGGCUCACAGCUACUCUCGUGGCUACGUCUAGUUUGUUGUUUUCCGGAAUUGCAUCUUCCCAAAUCACUGAGCCGGUUACUGUUAAGGGGAAUGCCUUUUUCGUUGGAAAUGACCGUUUUUACAUCCGUGGCGUAGACUACCAGCCAGGCGGAUCCUCUGACCUGGCUGAUCCGCUUUCUAACACCACUGUUUGCAAGCGGGACAUUAGUUACAUGAAGGACUUGGGAUUGAAUACAAUCCGUGUUUACACCAGCGACAAUUCCGCCAGUCACGAUGAAUGCAUGGAACUCUUGUCAGAAGCUGGAAUUUACCUUAUCCUGGAUGUCAAUGCACCCAAAUUCUCUAUCAGUCGCGAUUUCCCGGUAGCUUCCUACAAUGAAGUCUACCUUCAGCACGUCUUUGCUACCAUUGAUGUGUUCUCCAAAUAUACCAAUACUCUCGGCUUCUUCGCUGCCAAUGAGGUGAUUAAUGCCGCAAAUAGCACUCGUGCUGCAGCAGUUGUCAAGGCCCUCAUCCGGGAUAUGAGGAAAUACAUUGCAAAGCAUUCAGAUAGGCCAAUUCCCGUUGGAUAUAGUGCUGCAGAUGUUGCAGAAAACCGGAGGGAGAUGGCGCAUUAUCUGAACUGUGGGUCGGAUGAUGUCAGGGCCGAUUUCUUCGCGUUUAACGACUAUUCCUGGUGUGGGCCCUCUAGCUUUGUCCAGUCUGGAUGGAAUAAGAAGGUUGAAAAUUAUACCGACUACUCCAUCCCACUCUUUCUCUCGGAGUUUGGAUGUAUUGAAGUCAAGCCCCGCACAUUUAGCGAGGUCAAAACUCUGUACAGCACUCAGAUGACUGGCGUGUUUUCCGGCGGUCUUGUCUACGAAUUCACACAGGAGCCCAACAAUUACGGUCUUGUUCAGAUUGAUGGGGAUAAUGUUACCGCAUUGACUGAUUACGAUAACCUUAAGAAGCAAUAUUCGUCCACCAAAAAUCCGCCCGGAGAUGGUGGUUACCAGAAAGAUCUACCGCCGAGCGAUUGCCCUGAGCGAACCUUUUUGUGGGAAGCCUCUAAUACCCUACCUGAUUUUCCCAGUGCUGCUUCUGCCUAUAUGGACAAUGGAGCUGGUAAGCCCAAAGGAACAAAUGGUGUCAGCAGCCAGUUUGUGCCUCAGAGCCAGAAGGACUAUAACCUCCCCGGUGAGUCAGGCGCGCCGGCUCCCUCGUCGAGUGGGAGCGCAAACCAAAGCGAUCAAGGCGCCGCUGCAGGUGGAAUGGCUGGGUUGGCUGCCGGAGGUCUAUGGAUGGGAAUUGUUGUCGGGCUGGGAACGAUUGCUGGUGUCAUGCUACUCUUUUGA